AGGACCGGUGUGAGAGGAGUCAGAGAGGCAGAUCCAGAGCCUGACAGAACAGCGGCGUGCAGCUGGAGAGCGCUCAGCGACGCUGCUGCUGCUGUUGGACUGAACACACGCGCACGGACACGCACGCCACUGAGGAGUGUAUGAGACAUGCACAGCCUGCUGCUGCUGCUGCUGCUGCUGCACAUGGACACACACACAUUUGCUGGGCACCAGAGAGGAAAUACAGCAAACCCCUGAGCUUUUGGAGCGAUGGAGAGCAGCAUGUUCUUUGGCAACACAUGUCCGAGUGGCCUCAUGCCCGCCCUGGUGCGUCCAACCCUGCCUGCUGUCCAGAGCUCGCUGGGGAUGAAGCAGUUCCUGCCGAUGCCGUUGGACACGGCGUCGGCUGUCGGCCUCUUCCCAGGAUUCAGCGCGAUGGACCCGGUUCAAAAAGCCAUCCUCCAUCACACCCUCGGCCUCCCUCCCAUCAUCAAGAGGAAGCACGUCUCCUGCAGCGUUUGCCAGCUGAGGUUCAACUCCCAGAGCCAGGCUUUGGCCCACUACAAAGGUACCAAACAUGCCAAGAGGCUAAAAGCCCUGGAAACCCCGAAGAGUAAACUCAAGGGCUCCGCCAUCACCAAGGAAACCACCAACCAGGAAAUCUCCAAGGGCACCAGCGCCUCGCAGAUCCCCAACGGCGUCCACAAAAAAGAUGGCAUCUGUGCACGGCCAGCGUCCCCCGCGGAGAGGCCUGCGCGGCUCCUGGCAGCGCCGCCGUCGCCGUCUGCUGCCUCCUCGCCCAAAGACCAGAGUGUCACGCCGGCGCCAGAGACCAACUCGGCGGGAGACGAGAAGCCGUCAAAGCUGGGCUCCCCGUCAGAACCGGACGCCGACCAGGAGGCCGAGCCCGAGACGAACACGGAGACGGAGGAGGAGAAGGCUCGCCGCCUCCUCUACUGCUCGCUCUGCAAAGUGGCGGUCAACUCGGCGUCACAGCUGGAGGCGCACAACAGUGGUACGAAGCACAAGACCAUGCUGGAGGCUCGCAGCGGCGUGGGCUCCAUCAAGUCUUUUCCUCGAGCGGGACUCAAGAGCAAAUUAGCUUCCUCCUCCAAGUCAUCAACAGGCCUGCAGAACAAAACCUUCUAUUGUGAGACGUGUGACGUGCAUGUCAAUUCAGAGACUCAGCUGAAACAGCACAUCAGCAGCAGGCGGCACAAAGACCGAGCGGCAGGUAAACCGGCCAAACCCAAGUACAGCCCCUACAGCAAACCGCAGAAAGGCCAGAGCAAGCAGCCGCAGAUCAAGCUGAUUUUGGGGAAGGAGCGUCCCUGUCGGCCCCUGACCGCCCAGAUCCUUCCGGCUCAGCUCGCAGCAGUGGCCGCCGCCCUUGGAAACUCUUUCGCACAGCGCACAAACCCCGCCCCCAAUCCCACGCCCGCCCCCAGCCUGUUUCAGACGCAGACCCUUCCGGCUGCACUGCUUCGCCCGGCCCCCGGGCCUGUCAGGACCUCCCAUCCGCCUGUCCUCUUCGCUCCUUACUGAAGGCGUGUGGGUCCCCCAUUCUAUGCACUAUGCAUUUGAAGUCCUUCACUCAGUUUGGACCACCUCCCCCCUCUAAUAUGACCGCCGGACUCCACGCGCUGUCUGUGCCACCCGGACUCAAACCCACACCAUUCUGCAAUAAUGUACAAAGCCAACCCUGUGAACUAUGCAGUGUAAUUAUGUCCAGAUUUAAGGUGCCGUUUGUGCUGAACAUGGUGGGGAUGUGCAUUUGUAAAGCUACAGUUGCAUUUGUGGACUUCAGCCAUCCGUUUCUUCUCCACCUGCUUCAUCCUGGUCAGGACCAGGAGGGGGCGGAGUCUGUCUCUGUGAUGUCACAAACGAACAAGCGUGGGUUUCGGGGCUCUAAACAAAAAGAUCGGAAGUUUGUGCCGGAAGCUGCUGCUUUGUAGCGGCAACGCUGGACUCCUCCAUGCAGUCAGGAUUCCAGCAAAAGCUUCGGAACACAAGCCACGCCCCCUCUGUUCCUGGAUGCACUUUAAGCUCCUCCUCUGUUCAAGUCUACAUUAGAUGGCUAGACUGUGUUAGAUGUAAGUGUGCUGUAAUGUGUGUCUCUCUUUUAUUUCGUCCAUUCCUUCAUAUCAAUGUGUGUGCGUAUGUGUGUGUGCAUAUGUGUGUGCAUGUGUGUGUGUGUGCGUUUCCAUACGUUCAAAGCCAUCCCAGUUGAUGCACAUCAUCACUGACCGUCAGAAGGACCACAAAGCCUCGUCUGUGUUAAAUGUCGGUGUCUUAAAGGUGAACAAUUUCAAAUAAAAGUCUUAAUUUGUUACUG